AUGCAAACAGUUUCUCAACGCCCAUGUUGUGAAUGCCUUCGAGCAGAGCUUACAAAAUAUGACCAACAGACUCCAACAACUGACAGCUACGACAGAGAAGAAGAAUUUCCAUUUUUGUUUCAUGUUGUUAAUAGUUCACUUACUGAAUCAGAAAUAACAGAAAUGCGUCAAACAAUUGAACUCUUAAGAAAACAAUCAAUUCAAGCGGGACUAACAUCAGCGCAUAUGCAAAGCAUGGGAGUUCAAGUGAAUGUCAAUGGCACCAAAUCAAAUGAAAGUCCAACAAAAACUACUAACGGACAACAUGAACAGAAUGGUCAAAAUGGAUCAAUGCAAAGACAUCACAGCACUGACUCAAUGUGUUCAAUCAAUUCUAUUGGAUCCAAUGGAUCUUCUCAAGAUAAGAAAAAGAAGAAAGGAUGGCUUCGAACUUCCUUCACGAAAGCUUUCUCACGUAAUGCCAAAAUUAUGAAAACUAAUCGCCAAUCGAGUCUCACGACGAAUCACUCAGAUUCCAAGUCUUCCCUUCCACCCACACCACAGAAAAAUCAAACACCUCGAUCACCCAGUAAGAGUAGUCCACAUCGUUACAUUCCUAUCGUUGAAAAUGCCAAACCAGUUGACUCUGUCGAAAUUGACAGUCACCCGAUGGGCGAAGAUCUCAAGAAACAGUUAAGAGAGAAAGACAUGGUACUAACUGAUAUUCGACUUGAAGCUUUAACUCAAGCUUCACAAAUGGAAACACUCAAAGAAACUGUCAGAACAAUGCGACAAGAAAUGUUGAAUCUCAAGCAUAACAACGAAAGACUUCAGCGAAUGGUAACCACACGAUCAUUAGCUGGUUCUGAAGUUUCACUUGGUUGUCCGGCUAGUCCUAGUGGAUCAAUGGGAGAGUCACGACGUUAUAGUCUCGCUACUGACUCAGGAAUGCCACGUGCACCUUUAGAUCUUCCACAAAAUCUCGAUGAGACAGAAGAAGAAGAUAAUGUGCCACCAGCACCAGCUCCUGAUCCACCACCUGCACCUUUAUCACCUGCAAUUAUUGCUGAUUUGUCACCAGCAUUAGAACGCAUUUCAAUUUCAAAUGAAGUUCUUUCAACGCCUGCCGAAGAUGUUGCCGAUCCAGUUGAUGGAAAGAAAAUUGCAAUUGCAGUGUUUUUGGGUCAAUCCGAUGCAUUUCCCAAAUAUGCUGAUGAGUUGAGUGACAUUGACUUGAAGCAUCAACCAAAAACUAAUGGAAAUGGACAAGGAGCUUCUAAUGUAUUGGAAACUAUUAUUGCAUUUACUUACAUCUCAGGAAAAACAACGUGGCAGAAUCUCGAUUACAUUGUUCGGAAGACUUUCAAAGAUUAUUUAUCACGAAUCGAUCCAGGAACUAAUUUAGGUCUAAACACGGAUUCCAUCUCAGAUUAUCAUCUCGGUGAAGCAAAACGUGGUCCAGAGAUGGGAUUUCCUGAACUUCUUCCUUGUGGUUAUAUCAUUGGUCAUGUCAAGACGCUUUACAUUUGUUUACAAGGAGUUGGAAGUCUGGCAUUUGACAGUCUCAUUCCUCGAUCAAUUGUUCAUCGUUAUAUAAAUUUAUUGACAGAACAUCGUCGAUUAAUACUUUGCGGACCAAGUGGAACUGGAAAAAGUUAUUUAGCGAGAAAACUUGCAGAGUUUUUAGUUGCAAAAUCAAAUCGAAGCCCAGCAGAAUCCAUUGCCACGUUUAAUGUCGACAAUAAGUCUUCAAACCUUCAACAAUAUUUGGGAACAAUAGCUGAACAAGCGACAAUGAAUGGAUCAGCUGAAGAACUACCCUUGGUGAUAAUCUUGGAUAACUUACAUCAUGCAUCUGCUCUUGGUGAUGUUUUCUCAUGUCUUUUGAGUGCCGGCCCAGCAGCUAAACUUCCAUGCAUCAUCGGGACAAUGUCACAAGCAACUUGCAAUACUACAAAUUUACAAUUACAUCACAACUUCCGAUGGGUUUUAACUGCAAACCACAUGGAACCGGUGAAAGGUUUUCUAGGAAGAUAUUUAAGACGUCGCUUAUUUCACUUUGAAUUGCAAACUGGUUCAUCUCAAGUGCAGAUGGAAAAAGUGUUUAAAUGGCUCCCAAGUGUUUGGCUUCAUACAAAUACUUUCUUGGAGAAUCAUAGUUCAAGUGACGUCACAAUAGGACCCCAACUCUUUCUUCGAUGUCCAUUGGAUGAAGAAGAGUCGCAAAAGUGGUUUGUUGACUUGUGGAAUCAUCAAUUGGCGCCUUAUCUAGUUGAUGCGAUUAAAGAAGGCGUGCAGUUGUAUGGAAGACGUGGAAAUUCAUGGACUGAUCCAUGUUUGUAUGUUCGAGAAACUUAUCCUUGGAAGAUAACACCAACAACUGUUCCAACAUUACGACAAAUCACUGCUGAUGAUGUUGGCUUAGAUCCUGGAGCAUCGGGUAAUAUGGAUUCAGAUCCUUUGUUAAACAUGCUUCACAUGUUACAACAAGCAGCAGCAAGUGAAAAUCCUGAUCAAGAUAACUCAGAUUGUGCGAGUUUAGAUUCAAACUUCACACACGAGUCAACCGGUGCUGAACAAUAAUAAACACGUGUGGUUUUAGAAAACAAUUUCGAAAUACCUACUUAACUAGAGCAGCAUCAAAUGUCGAACUGAUAAGAAUAAUAACUUAUAUUAAUAACUUUUAUAAUGGCUUAACAUUUACAAUACGACAACAGAAAAAAAAUAAUCUUUUUUGAAGCGCAAAAUUUUGCAACUUUUAUUAGAGCAGAUAAUGAAAAAAAAAACUAAUCAAAAAAAAUGAAAAUUGUCACUUUGAUAAUGACGAAAUUUAGUUAUUUACAAUGAAGGAAUGUAUGCAUGAUAUGCUUCUUGAUAUGUUUAAAUGUUCUCUGGUCAUUAUUGCAAGCAUUUUAAUUUGCUUAGAGUUUCCUUUGAUCGCUGAUAAGGCUUAAAUAUUAAUUUAGCUUUCUUUCAUUUCAUUAUUUUUAUAAAUGAACAAGAUUAUGUUAAUUAAAUAGGAAUGAAUAUCAAAGCAUAGAAAAUCUUAGUAUACAAAAUGUGAAACUAAAUAAUUUAAAAAGUUCUUUCUCGGUGCAUAAAAAUAUUGACAGCUUUCAUCAAUUAAUUUUAAGCUAACAUUUAUUUAAUUUCUGUUAAGCAAUUCUCUUUUGUCGUUGUAUAUAUUUACUUUUUUUUGAUAUUAAUAAAAGAAAAGAUAUUUGUUACUUUAAAUUAUUGACAACUUAAAUAAAUUGAGUCUUUCUAUUUGAUUCUCAUUUCUUUCUCAGGAAUUAUAAAUAUUCAAUCUCUUUUAAAAUGAUAUUUUCAUUUAACACGCAAAUUAUUAAAAAGAACUCGAAAUUCUGGGUUUACGCAAAAACAAAUAAAUGGAUUAAAAACUGAUCUGAGAAAUCCUAGUAGAAACAUGUAACUUUCAUGAUUUGUAUUAUGGUUUGGAUCAAUGUUUC